AAUCAUGACAUUGUAGCGAUCAAAAUUACAACUCGACAUUAUGGUUUUGAUUUUCUAAAGAGACCAAAAUAGUUGUAGAUUAUUAUACAGUAUAGGAAACAGAGUGGUCAUGUCAACAAGCAGUAACUUGGUGGUACCAGUGGUGCUAUGGGGUAGAAAACCACCAACUCAUUGUAUUGCUGCAAUACUGAUGACCCCUGACCAGAAGAACAUAGUAACAGGAUGCAAUGAUGGACAGAUUGCUAUUUGGGAUGUUGCUAAGAAUUCUCAGAUCUACCCUCGCAGUAUGUUGUUUGGUCACACUGCUGCCAUUAGCUGUUUAGCACUAGGUAGUGAAAAAGCAGACACCCCUUACAUCGUUAGUGCUUCAGAGAAUGGAGAGAUGUGCUUAUGGGACAUCAGUGAUGGUAGGUGUGUUGAAAGUACAAAGAUGCCUCACAUCCAUACCUGUAUGCAGGCUUACCAUUUUCAAGUAUCUAAGGAUGUUCGCCUGGUGUGUAAUGGUUACUAUCCAGAGAUCUUCAUCAUUAAUCCUAACUCUCUAGAAAUCCUGUACACCCUGUCAUCUAAAAUAGCACCAGACUGGAUCAGUGCCUGUUGUAUCAUUCAUCCAGUCACAAAAGAUGGCAGGUCUAUUUGUCAGGAUGAUGUUGUGGUAGCCAUUUCAAACUCUGGAGCUGUUAAAGUUUGGACACUUACUGGCAAUGAAGCCAUGACACAGCCAGUGUAUGAAAAUGAGUCAAAACAGAUCCGCUGCCUGAAUGCCCAAACUUUGACAUGUUGCCCGUACAAUCAGAGGACAGUUCUUAUUGUUUGUUCUAAGUACUGGCAGAUUUAUGAUGCAGGAGACUUCACACUGCUAUGUUCCGAGUCUAACAGGUGUGGUGAGAGAUGGUCAGGUGGAGACUUCAUUAGUGUGGACAAGGUCAUCGUUUGGAGUAAUGAGGGCAAAGGUUACCUGUAUAAACUGCCUGUCAGUUUGCUUAAGGGAAAAGUAUUGGAAAGUGCAAAUGCUGAGAGUGUGGAGUACCGUAAACCCUCUAAUCAGACCUCACCCCAUGCCUACUACAUUUUGGACAUGUUUUCAGAGUCUUCAAUGGCAUGUUCUCCAGCUAUGACAUUCCAUAUUGGUAAAAGCGAUAGACCAGGUCGAUUUUUGCUCCGAGGAGACUCGGAGGGACAGAUUGUGAUGUGGACCCUCCCUGAGGUCACUGAGCGCCAGAUGACCUUGGUCCGCCAGGAGAGCUUUGACAGAUUACCAGCUCUGCCUCCACGCUGCAGCAUCUCACUGGCCGAUGUUUGGGAAAAUCUACAUUAUCCUCCAGCAGGCAUCAUUGAUGGGCUGUGUGAUGAGAAUAACCAGCCAUUAGCCAUUACUUCUACUAUCUACAUUCCAUCACAAGGAAAAGUAGCCUGUGGGAGGGAGAAUGGCUCCAUUGUGAUAGCACCUGCUUCACAGAGCAUUAUCUUACAGCUUCUAGAAACAGAAGAGUUCAAACAUAAAGAUGUACCAGUAAAGAUUUUACAUGGGCACCAUGGUUGUGUGACCAGCCUACUGUACCCAUUCAAUGAGAGUACACGGUAUGAGCCUCAACACUUACUGUCUGGUGGAGCAGACUUCUCUGUCAUGCUGUGGGAUAUCUACACCGGCAGUAAACUUCACACAUUUACUGUCCAUGGAGGGGAGAUCACUCAGCUACUGUGUCCUCCAAACAAUUGUAAUCCCCGGAUUCUGCCCUGUGUUUGUUCUGUGGCCAGUGACCAUUCUGUGACACUACUGAGUCUGAGGGAGAGGAAGUGUAUCAUGCUGGCUGGUCGACAUCUGUUUCCUGUACAGACUAUCAAAUGGAGACCACUGGAUGAUUUCAUGGUAGUCAGCUGUUCUGAUGGAACUGUGUAUGUGUGGCAAAUGGAGACAGGUCACCUGGAUAGAGUUGUUCAUGGAAUAACAGCAGAGGAAAUCCUGAACAACUGUGAUGAAAAUGCAACACCCUUGGAGAGCCUCAUCAAUCCAAAUAUAACUCUGACCCAGGCCCUCAAACGACGUAACUUGGCAACAUUUAAGAACUUGGCCCAGCAGAAAUUUCAGAUUCAGUCAGGGACCAUCCAGCAGUCCUCAGCUCACAGGAAUGACUACCUUAAACAACAGACUUACCCAAUGUUUAUACAGGGUGUCAGAGCCAAUCUGAAGGACCCAGACAUUCACAUCCUCUUCUUUGAUACAGAAUCUUUGAUUGUUCAACUCCUGACAGAGGAAUAUUCCACGAUGUCACCAGGAGAACUGGAGGCAAAAGGUUUUCUACCAUAUACAGUUGCAAGUGGACAGAACAGUCCUGCUCGGUCAGAAUCCAGUUCAAGAGGAGGAUCCCCAGCCCACGCAGCCUCACCAAGCCACAAAACAGUCACCUACAAUGAUAGGAGUCUCACCCUAGACAUAGCCCAGCUCUUCUUAUCUUGUCUUCAUGCCUGGGGGCUUGACCCUGACUUAGAUAAACUCUGUAUGAAUAAACUAGGACUUCUGCAGCCAAGGUGUCCAAUAUCAUUUGGAUUAAUAUCACGCAGUGGUCACAUGUCUUUGAUGCUACCUGGCUGGCACAAACGUUUCUGUCAAGAAGAAAUGAUGGAAAAUGUGUCUAGUGAAUAUGCAACCCCUUCAGGCAAAGUGACCCUGAUACAGCAGGCCCGGUCAGCCUCCACUGGACAGUUUGAUAAGAAGUCAAUGGCACUGGCCCAGAGACAUGGCUUGGUACAGUCAGAUUACACUGAUAGUGAUCAGGACAGUGAUCCAGGGAGUAAGAAAAGUGUGCCAGUAAAAAGUUCUGCUGCUGUCCAGGAUGAAAUGAAGGCUUUCUCAACAAAGGCUCGAUGGCAGAUUUCUUCUGCAGUGACAACUAAUCAUUUAUUGUCUAUCAUCUCAGUGGCUAAUACUCUGAUGAGCAUGAGUCAUGCCACUUUUAUAGCAGAGAAGAGCAGGAAAAAGAGAAGGGGAAGUAGAAAGAGAUUUACAGGCCACCUUGGGUUAGUUGUAGCUGAAUCCCUGGACAGUCCUAGCACCAGUGAUGACGAGACAGAUGCCAUUAUGAUGCAGCAGUCCCAGAUUAAGCAGGGAUGGAGUCUGAAAGCUGCACUACACUGUGUGUUACUACCAGAAAUGGUGGGACCAGAAUUUCUCAAACCACCUCAGCUAGAGAUGUUAGCCAGGAGGUGGCAGGACAGGUGUCUAGAGAUUCGGGAAGCUGCACAAGCUUUGCUGUUGGCUGAAUUAAGAAGAAUUGGUCCAGAAGGAAGAAAAGAAAUACUGGACCAAUGGUCACCCUUCCUGCCCACUUACGUAGAUCCACAGCUGAGUCUGAUGAAUGCAGAAUCACUGCAGAAAAAUGAGGAGGGAGAUGAAGACGAAGAUGAGGAGGAUCCAAUGAUAAAUGAUACACCUCUCCAGAAAGCUUCCUCAUCAUUUGAAAGCAGAAGAAAGCAGGCCACAGCUAUUGUGAUGUUGGGAGUUAUUGGUGCUGAAUUUGGACAUGAAAUAGAACCUAGUCGACGUAAGCCUGAGGACAUCAAGAAAGGCAAAAAGUCAGCCCAGGAAGGAUUUACCUUGAAAAAUUACUCUCUUUCCAGACAUACAAGUAAGGCAUUGACAUUCCUUUUACAACAACCUCCAAGCAAAAAGCUUCCUGCAUACUCUCCAAUCCGCCGAGCUGCAAUUGAUUUGAUUGGUCGAGGUUUCACUGUUUGGGAGCCAUAUUUGGAUGUUUCUGCUGUUUUGUUAGGACUACUAGAACUUUGUAUAGAUUGUGAUCGCUUAGUGCCAAGUCUGACAUAUGGUCUUCCAUUGAGUCCUGCUGCUGAUGCAUGUCGGACAGCCAGACAUGCCCUCUCCCUCAUAGCUACAGCUAGACCUCCAGCAUUUAUCAUCACCAUGGCUAAAGAAGUGGCUCGCCUCAAUGCCUUGGCCCAGACAGCUCAGGCUCAGCACUCACAGAUCAUGAAUUCUGUGUUGGUCAGAGGAAAAUCGGAAAUACUCAAAACUAUAGAGCUUCUAGUGGAGAAAAUGCCCAGCGAUGUGGCCGAUCAACUGGUAGAGGCAAUGGAUGUCACCAUACACUGUCUAGACAUGAACCAAUUGAAGACAAAAGGCUUGCAGGAAUUAUUUCCUGCUAUAUGCAGGUUCAGCAUGGUGUGUGUGUGUCCUGUCACCAAGAGAAUCUGGGUGGGAGCCAAGAAUGGAGGCCUGGCAUUUUAUGAUUUAAAGCAGCAUUCCAAGUGUCAGAUGAUCCAAGCCCACUCUGGUCCAGUGAUUGCAGUUUCCGUUUCCUCAGAUGGAAAAUUUUUAGUGACAUACUCUCAUGUGGACAGUAGACUAAAAUUUUGGCAGACGGCCUCCUCUUCACUGUUUGGGAUUGGAUCACAGCAGAUGAAGUGUGUCAAACAGACCGCUACCCCUCCCAUUCCAGUCACAAACCUGACCAAUCUCCUGAAACUUGUCCGCUUAGUUUGGGUGGACAAUCGUACAAUUGUUAUGUUGACAGUAGAUGGAAAGGAAAGAAAAUAUUCAGUUUAAUGUAGAACUUGGUAUAUACAGUACUUAGUAUAAGUUAUUGUCUGUUCAUACUUGUCCAUGUGGUUUUGAAUUAAAAAAAAAUGAGGCUUAAGAAAACAAUAUGUUAGUUUACAGUUACCCGACUGACCAUAAUUUUAUACACACUGACCCAAAUAUAUUUUUUAAUGGUAAUAUUCAGAAAUUGCAUGUUUAUAUGUUUACCUUCAAAUUAACAGUUUGUUGGGUAUAUUGUAAUAAAAAAAAAUUUUGGGGGGGGGGGGGGGUGGAAGAGAGUUCAAAACUGUCUUUAAAAGAUUGUAUUUCAUAGAUAUGCCUCUUAAUAUGGAAAAAAAUAUUAAGAAAAUGAAAACAAUUCCUACCUACCAACCCUAUUUUCUAAUACAUGUAGUAUGAAAUAGUAAACAAUCAUAUUUCUUCUUAGGCCUAGUCAUUGGUCAGAAAAAAGUACUUUUAUAAACAUGUAUAAUGAAAAUUUUAGAGCAAUAGAUACAAUGUAUUGUAUAUGUAAGAAUCAGUGUAUUGAGUCUGAGAUAAAGAAAAUAAUAUAAUUAUGUACAGUGUAUCAAAAUGGUGCCUCAAAAGGGUUUUUUUCGGCAAAAUGUAAAUGCCAGGUAUAUGUAGUAAGUUUGCAAGGGUGGUUCUAUUUGGGUGGUAUGGAUGGAUUACUGUUUCUGUGAGUCUGUCUUUCUUUGUGUUGGAGUUGUAACUUAGUGAUGGAGAAACAUCAGCAGUAUAACAUGUACAUGUACACCUGUACUUGGCACCAGAACAGAAACAUUAGUUUUGCAAAAAGUAGUAGUGAAUUUACAUGUACUCCAUACAUUUCACCAUAUUCUACCAAGUAAGCCCUCUGGGCUAAGUGCUCUGGGCAUUUCAAAAAUAGAAUAAUGGCAGAUACAUGUACAUGUAUUAGAACAUGUAUGAACAUAUUACAUUUAAUAUUUUUUUCUGUUUUAUUCCAUCUCCUCUGUGGUUUUAUUGAAAUAAAUUCAUGUAAAGUGGUUAAGUAAAUUGGAUAUUAUGGUAAUACAUGUAUAUUUAUUUUAAAUAUGUAUAUAUGUAUGUAAAUGUUUGCAUUAAACCUAAGACCUGUAAACUAACUGUUCAUUAAACUCAGCAAUGUUAUAGUUACAAAUUUUUUUUAUACAUGUAUACAAAAACACAUCAUGGUACUAGUAUGAUUAUAGUGAUGACAUUUCUUGACUUUUUCAUACAAUUUAUUAAAGUCUUUGAUUACAUUCCUUAAAAUGUAUUAGAACUGAUGCUAUUUUAUCAACUGUUUGAGUGUACAUGUAUCUUAAGUAAUGGUUUUAAAAUCGUCAAAACUGUUUACUGUAUAGCAGUGUGAUGUUCUCAAAAAUCUGUGAUACAAGUAGUAUAAUGCUUCAAUAAACCCACCUGUGUCAUGUGGAUAGAACAUAUAUAGACACUUUUAUUUAUGUAGCUCACAGCUGCUUCCUUCUAUUUCUUGAGUGUCUUGUAUGUAGAUGUUAACAUACAGGUAGGAAGUGGCUUAAAAUCUAGUCAUUUUGCACUUUGUAAAUUGUCAGUAGAGGUAAUUGUAAAAAUAAAUGGAGGUGCAAUAAAUUAUUUAAAAAUUUA